UUUGAUUAUCUCUCUUUCUCAAUGGUUCCUUGUCCGUAUUCACCGACCGUCUGCCUGUUUUCAGAUAGAAAACUGGCGGGCAGAAGUUGCUCACAGAGCAGCUCCCUGGCGACAGUCGUCGAAAACCUGCCCUUAUCCUACAACACUGACACGAAAAGUCUAGACAGGACACCAUCGUUGGGAUGUCAAGGUGGUGCCGAGUCACCUUCUACCGCACAAGAAACCAAAUUCCGUCGAGGUCACAUUCGUCGCAGCUCAUAUGAAUCGGCACAAAUCCAAUUGAAUUUUGCACGAAGGAUCACAACAGCAAACGGGACACCGGCUCUGGCACCGUCAGCCGCUAAAUGUCUAGAUGAACCGCUGUGCUCUUUGAGUCUCAACACACGUGCAGACUGUUCUUCUAGUUCUAGUGAGCAAGAUCAAUACGACUCUGGAAUUGGCUGUACAGAAAGCGACUCGAAACGCUCUUCAUUGGACCGUCGAAGCGAAUUGUCCGAUUUUGACGAGCCACCAUCUAAACCGGAAACGCUGUCCAAGUCGCGAUUCUUCAAUUUCCCCAAGAACUUCUUCUCGAGAAACAAGGAGGAAAAGCACGGGUGGAAAAUGUUUGGUAGUCGAAACAAGCAGUCAGGUGUUAUGGCGACGACGGGAUUGAUAUUGGAAGAAAGGCCCAGUGGACUACCGUCAAAGUCGGCCGAUGAAGCUGCGCACCAUAAGCAGAUGUAUUUGGAUAUUUUAGAGCAGGCAAAGAAGAAGGAACAACGUGCCGAAAAAGAACGCUUACAAGCAAAAGCAGAACAAAAACGACUUGAAGAACAAACGGCGGCGCAUUGUCGUGUCUGGGUUGAACAAAUCUUGCCAAAGUGGGAAGAAAUGAAGGAUUCAAAGCGUUGCCGCGAGCUAUGGUGGCAAGGUGUUCCUGCCAAAGUCCGUGGCGAGCUGUGGUUCUUGACAAUUGGCAAUCAAAUUGAGAUAACGAAAGAACUCUAUGAUGGAUUGAUGGAUCAAGCCGAGGAGAAGAUUGCUAAACAGCUUGCAGAGCAGAACAAGAAUUCAGCCGAACGUAAGGAGACUUCUGUCACUCAAAUUCAUCUUGACGCCACACGAACUUUCACAUCUCUUGGAAUGUUCCAGAAAGAUGGACCAUAUUAUGACCAUUUGCUCAAACUGCUCAGUGCAUAUGCAAUUUUGCGUCCAGACAUUGGAUAUGUUCAAUCGAUGACAUUUAUUGCUGCAGUGCUUCUCAUCCAAAUGGAUCCAUACCCGGCAUUCAUAUCGUUUGCCAAUUUGCUCGACAGAUCCCUCCAAUCUGCAUUUUUCGGACUCAAACAACCUCAGAUGACGGAGUAUUUUAUUGCGUAUGAUCGAUACUUGGAGCAAGAACUUCCGGCUCUUCAUCAGCAUUUGGACAAACUCGACGUCCGCCCGGAUCUCUACCUCAUUGAAUGGACGUUUGCAAUGUACGCCAAAUCGUUACCGCUAGACGUGACCUGCCGUAUUUGGGAUGUGUAUUUUCGUGACGGCGAGGAGUUUUUGUUCAAGGCAGCACUCGGCAUUCUUCGUAUGUACGAGCCCAAACUGCUGACUAUGGAUUUUGAUGACUGUGUGGAAUUUUUGACGAAACUUCCCAACACGCUUACCGGCGCCGAGCUUUUUCGAAACAUUGAGCCAUUUAUGAGACCGUACAAUGGAGAAUCGUCUCGGUCCAAGAAGCGCUUUUCACAGAUUUUUCAAGAAAUCGAUGAACGUGUCAACCCUGGCGGAACCACCGCCCGUACCCAAAUCACACACAACGUUCAAGAGCUCAAAAUGAGCAAAUCGCUGAGCGGGUUCAUCAAGGAUUUGCUCUCCUCCCCAAGUCAUUAAAAUCCUCGGCCAUGUUAUUAUUGAGCUCCAUGAGCUCCCGUUAUUCAGUUGAUUUUUGCCUAAUACUAAACUUGCCCCAAAAGUUCUUUCGUAAUUUAUAUGUUAGCAUUUUUUCCAAGUGUUUUUUUUGUUUCUCUGCUUACGCAUCAUUUCACUUACAGAUUUCAUAAUAAUCGCUCAAAACUCAGAGGUGCAUAAUACACGCAUUUUUUUUGUUAAACCAGAUUCCUAUCCAAUCCCCGCCACAUUCAAUUUGCUCCGUUUCAUUGUGCCUUACAACGAAGAUUUUUCCCUCUCUCUCUCUUAAAACAAGACAACUCCUUCUCUCAUUUUUGCCAUCAUUUUACAUUUUCUUAUCAAAAAUCCCGAAUCGUACCGUACCGUUUGAAAAACAAGCGUUCCCACAUGACACGUUUUAUAUUGAUUCAACUGUUAUUCGGUGGUUAUCCAAUUAUGAAGCAACGCAGUCUUUUCCUAAUUGUUUUUUUUUGUUACAUAGCUUUUUUUUUGUAAAAUAAAUGUUUGACUAUU